AUGACUAGCUCAUCCCUUCGCCCCCCUCAGAGCGAACCAAGACCUGAGCCACAGACUACUAACAGUGUACAAGUGACGGAACCGUGCAAUGAAGACAUGGACCUGGAGGCGAAUGAGGUUGAUUUAUUUGACAAACACAUUGACAGGAUGUUUGCUACUUCUAGUGCUGAAAAGCGCAAAGGACGAAAGACUACUGAGUUUUGGGAUGGUGAUCUCAUUGAUUUUGAUGGAAUAGUCAAGCAAGCUAAAAUGAGUGUGCAGGAGGCUAUGAAGUGGUCUCUUAAUGGUAGCAAGAUAGUACUGAGACUCAACGAGGAACUUCAAGCAGUCGGAGAUGGAGCUGGCCUGUUAAGUGGCAUUCUAGGAGAGUUGGGUUCAGAUUACAGCAAAUUUCCUAUUUGUGAGAAGAUUGGGCAAAGGAGAUGUUCCACUUUCAGGCAGAUAGCGACGGUAGAAUCAAGAAAAUAUUUUUGCAACAAAUGGGGAGAUCCUAGAAGGAUACAAGGGGGAAGCUGUAUGACUCGCGUUACAAACCAACAAGGAAACUUGAGCAGAAUCUUGAUAAACGCCCGGAGGGAAUUCCUAGAGAGCAUUGGAGGUGGUUCAUUGAUUAUCGCGAAGUGCAAGCAAAACGCGCUGAAUCGAAAGAAGCAACUUUACACGCACACUGGUAAUUCUAAAAGCUUGGCUAGGGCAAGGGAAGAAGAGGAAAAAAUAUCUGAGAUUGAGCAACUGGAUGAAACUACAAGAAUAUUGUCAGAAAAUGAUUCCCUUUCCCAAGCUCUCAAUAAAGAGCACUCAGUUAGAGUGCGUGGCAUAGGUAUUGGGCCGACACUAAGUCAACUCUUCCGUCUGAGUUCGCAGCCGCCGGUGGAUAGAGCUCAAAUAGAAGAGGCCCAAAGGAUGCUGUGUGAACUACAAGCGGAGGUGAUGGCCGAAAAAUUGAAAAGGAAAGCAAUGGAGGAUGAAGUAGCAGCAGAGGAAAUGAACAGGCAGGCAAUAGAAAGUGUGCUGAGUUAUCUAGUCCAACAGCAAGGUGGGGAGCUGCCACCAGACAUCGUUGCACGAAUGAAUUCUUUGGAUGGACAUGGCGGAAAAUAG